AUGGCCAAAGCUUCACUGGAAGAGAUAGAAAGGCAAUUAUCCCCAACAUCGGUAACCCCCAUUGAUGCUGUCGACACGCAAGGGGAAACCGGGUCUGUAUCCAAUGGCAAUGGGAGCGUCCAAACCCCUUUCCAUGGAAUUCCCAGAAUUCAAUUACUGCAUGAAGUGCAGGAGUUUACCGUCAAGUUCGGGCUCACAGACGAUCUCGAACUGUUCAAGAAGGGCGUUUUGGUAGCCAAGGACCCUGCCGGUUUAAAUUCCGUCGAGGAACUAACUGAGGAUGACCGCGAGUCUUUGGAAGCAGAGAAAGUGCACCGGUGGAAACACCCCUGGAUUCUUUACUACACCAUUCUCAUGAAUUCCAUCGGUGCAGCUGUACAAGGCUGGGAUCAAACGGGAUCAAAUGGUGCCAAUCUCUCCUUUCCUCAGGCAUUUGGAAUUUCAGAUACAGGAAGUGCGUGCCAGGUUGCUGGGACCUGCUCGCGAAACUCUUGGAUCAUUGGUGCUAUCAAUACGGCACCUUAUAUCGCUGUCUUCUUGAUCUCUUGCUGGUUAUCCGAUCCGAUAAAUAAUAUUCUGGGCAGAAGAGGGACGAUUUUCAUUGGUGCCAUCUUUAGCUUGCUCUCUCCCAUUGGACAAGCUGUUUCUCAAUCAUGGCCUCAGAUUUUAGUUUGCAGGAUUCUGCUUGGAAUUGGAAUGGGGCUUAAAGAAGUCACUGUUCCAGUCUUCUCAGCGGAAAAUGCCCCUGCUAAUAUCCGCGGAGCUUUGGUGAUGACUUGGCAAAUUUUCGUCUGCUUGGGAAUUAUGCUUGGAUUCUCUGCGAAUCUAGCUGUCAUGAAUACUGGGGACAUUUCAUGGAGACUACAGCUUGGAUCAGCAUUUAUACCUGCCCUUCCACUUGUGUUUGGGAUAUUUUUUGCGCCUGAGUCACCCCGAUGGUUGUUAAAGAAAGGACGAGUUACCGACGCGUAUCGGUCUCUUCUUCGGCUCCGAAAUACUCCGUUACAAGCAGCUCGUGAUCUCUACACUAUCUAUGUUCAGCUCGAAGUUGAAAAGGCAAAAAUCCAGGAAGCUGGGUUUGGGAACAACAAUAUCAUCACUCGAUUUCUGGAGCUCUUUACAGUCCCUCGAAACCGCCGAGCAGCGCAAGCUUCUGGCAUCGUCAUGGCUGCACAGCAGUUCUGCGGAAUCAAUAUAAUGGCAUUCUAUUCAUCAACCAUUUUCGCCCAAGCCGGUGCCAGUACUGUCAACUCUCUUCUCGCUUCAUGGGGCUUUGGAAUCGCUCUGUUUGUCUUUACAAUUCCAGCGUUUUACACCAUCGACACAUGGGGCAGACGCACGUUGCUCCUCACAACAUUUCCAAAUAUGAGCUGGACAUUGCUGGCGGCGGGAAUGUCCUUUUACGUUCCCGAGAGCAGCACUGCGCAUCUUGGCUUAAUCGCCUUUUUCAUCUACCUAUACGCAGCCUUCUACGGUCCAGGAGAGGGACCUUGUGCAUUUGCCUAUUCGUCUGAGGUCUUUCCAUUAUCUCAUCGCGAGAUAGGUAUGUCAUGGGCUGUGGCGACAAAUGGCUUUUGGGCCUCUGUCAUUGCGCUCAUAUUUCCUCCCAUGCUACAAGGUUUGGGUCCUCAAGGCACCUUUGGGUUAUUUGCCGGACUUAACAUACUCUGUUUUGUUCUUAUCUUUCUGUUCGUACCAGAAACGAAGCAGCGAAGUCUUGAGGAGCUGGACGUUGUAUUUUCUGUUUCUACCCGGAGACAUGCUUCAUAUCAGCUUUAUGAUAUGCUUCCAUGGUCGUGGGGUCGGUUUGUUCUACGGAAGGAUUUAGGCAGGCCGCAGCUAUACCAUGCGCAGCAGCAGGAUAAUUUGGAAGCCGGACUGAAAUACUGA